AUGGGUCCCAAUGACGGUGAAGUGGUGGAUCAAGUUGGACUUAAUCCAACAGUGGAUUUUGUUGCUGGAACAAUAGCAGGAAUGACUGGUCUUGUCGUCGGGUUUCCUUUUGAUACAGUUAAAGUUCGCUUUCAAAAUCCUGCAUUUACAAGCAGAUAUCACUCAACAUUCCCUGCUAUUGCCACUAUUAUUAAAGAGGAGAAAUUCAUAGGACUGUAUAAAGGCAUUACUUCGCCAUUGGCAACCACUGCGCUGAUGAAUGGCUUGGUUUUUGCUUCCUACCGAUUCUUCCUGAAGUUGCAAAUGGUCCAUCCAGACUCGAUACCGACCAUCUCGCAGAUUGCACUCGCCGGUGCAGGAAGCGGCAUCGUUUCUUCGAUCGUGACUACACCAACGGAGCUCAUUAAAAUUCGCCAGCAGUCGCUUCUCACUCAAUCAACUGCACGGCAAGUGGGCCUCCAAAUAUUCAAAGAAGGAGGACUUUCUGCGCUGUACCGUGGUGUAACGGCCACCGCUUUGCGAGAUUGUGGUUAUGGGGCAUAUUUUGCAGCCUACGAAAUUACCUGCCGAUAUUUCUCCACUCCAAUCACAACAGGGUCUGCAUCCUCAACUAUUUAUAGCGAGAACGGGGCCGGAGCGCAAAAGGUAUCCUGGCCUGCGCUUCUAUUAGCAGGAGGAAUCGCUGGUGUGGUCGGAUGGCUCGCAACAUUUCCACUUGACGUUGUCAAAACUCGUGUUCAAAGCAGUCAGCCUAUCUAUUCACCCGCCGUCAGCACUCCUAUUACUACUGGAGCAUCCUCGACUCUCGUUAUGCCCUUACUUGCUAAGGACACCAUGGUCGACGUGAAUCCUUAUCGAUCGACACUUUCUACCAUCAUCCAUUCAUACCGCGAAGAAGGAAUCGGAGUAUUUUUCCGAGGUCUUUCGCCAACGUUGAUUCGCGCCAUCCCAGUCAAUAUGGUCACAUUCGCCAUGUUUGAAGCUGUCGUCCACUUCCUGACCUAG